UAGAGAUAGACAACUCCUAAAGUCCUGAUUAGAACACUGCCAAACUGUAUUGAGGAGAGAGAAACAGAUCAUCGAACUGUACAGCAGAUAAUCUAUUCCUGUUCUCGCCUUACAGAUUUUCUGUAUAAUAUUUACAUACUAUAUUAUAAUUUCGAGUAUUUGAUUAAUCAAUGAUUUCGGCAUCUUAGAGGAGGAAGAAAAUGGAGAAAAAACUGUUAUCAACAUCACAUAGCAUGGGAAUUGUGUAAUACAACAUAGACACGCAUAUAUAAACAAAUCUUACCAUUACGUAACAUCUUUUAAAGUGGGAAUGCAAUGUUGCUGAACGAUUCACAUAAACACAUGUACUGGUUGUUGAUGAAUAUCGAGGUAUUACAAUCUUAUCGGCGCUAGGGACUAUCGUCAUACUUUAAAAUCUGUAACGUCACAACAGACAUGGGCAUAGAAAACUAGUUGUGAAAUAUAAAAACCGUAAGAUGGCGACAAAGGAACAUCACCAUCCAUAAAGGGAAAAUUAGCCACAUGGAAAGGAAAAUAGUCCCUUUUAUCAUAAAUCUUAGUUUGGAGUUUCCAGUGUUCAACCGAAAUAACUAAAUCCAGGAAAGAAAACAUGACGCGAAUUCAGGACAGGAUUUUCCGGAUAAAGAGCCUUUUGAUGUGUAUUGCAUGUCACGCUAUCUAUGUAACGGCGGCUAAUGACAUAAAGGCAAAAAUAGUAGAUCUCCUGUGGAAAGGAGAUAACCAAGAGGUUUUAAAAUUUCCACCUCAUUAUGACUUAGAUGGAGGGAAGACCGAUAUUUUCUGUGAUAUGUAUGUUACAAGUUUUGAUGAUGUAAAUGAGGCAGAUAUGGAUUUUACGAUAAGUCUACUGUUACACCUAGAGUGGACCGAUAUGAGGUUACAGAAAGACCUCCAAUCUUUAGAUUUCGAGGAAGUUGAACUAGAUUCCAAAAGUGUCGGUAGUUUAUGGACCCCGGAUGUGUUUUUCCCAAACGAGAAAGAAGCUUCCUACCACAAUAUCAUGUCACCUAACAGAAUGUUUCGGUUGACUAAGAAAUGUAUACUUAAUUAUACAGUCAGACUGACCUUAAAGCUGAGUUGUGUAAUGAGGUUACAUAGUUAUCCUUUUGAUAAACAGACAUGUAGACUACAUUUAGAAAGCUUUGGUUACGAUGCUCAGCAGAUAAAUCUGCAUUGGUCCAAGGAAAACCAACCUAUCGGGAUGAAUAUAACCAGUCUUCCUCAGUUUGAAGUUGUGGGUCAUGCUUAUGACAACUUCUUUUCUGAUCAUCGGAUAAGAGGAAACUACAGUACCUUGUCUGCACAGUUUGACUUCCGUCGGAACAUUGGAUACUACGUUGUUCAAAUGUACAUCCCGACUCUCCUUAUUGUCAUGUUAUCAUGGGUCUCAUUUUGGUUGAAUGUUAAUUCAGUACCCGGAAGAGUUACCUUAGGCGUGUUGUCAGUUCUGACUAUUUCUACCCAGAGUUCAAGUGUAAAUGCGUCACUUCCUCGUGUGUCAUAUACCAAGGCUAUAGAUAUAUGGAUGGCUACCUGUCUUGUAUUUGUCUUUGCUGCACUCAUUGAAUUUGCUAUUGCGAAUGUGCUGACUCGGAAAGGGUCACACAAGGGAAUCAUUAUGAAAAAACUGAUAAAGUUGGCAAAGGAAGUCAGGGAAAAGGCACUAAUGCGAAAUAAUCAAGGUGUAAUGGCUUCCUCUGAUCCAGAUGGUUUACGUCACAGAGGUAGCACUAGCUCGGAUGAAACAAAUGGAAAUAAAAAAGAGACUGUUGUAAAAAUGGAUGCAGGUGUGACGCUACAGAAACAACGCAGUGAAUUGGAAGAUAAACCAGCAUUUGAGAAGGGCAUGCUGUAUGCUAUGUACUGUGACGUUGCAUCGAGAAUUCUGUUUCCGCUCGUGUUUGCUAUAUUUAAUGUUGUAUAUUGGGUGCAUUAUAUCCAGAUUCUAAAUUAUUAGUGAGAAUGAUAUAACUUACUGUAGAAGUACUUGUAAAACAUUGGAUAAUUUAGAAAUAGAAAAAAGUUAAAAAUUUUUAUUUUUAUUUUGGAAGCUUCAUUGUUACGUGCAGCCGAAAGAAGACAGAGUUUAUAGAUUUUACAAAAUUUCCGUGUAAAAGAGGGGCAAAGAUUCCAAGGAGACAGUCAAAUUCAUAGGUCGAAAAUAAACUGACCACGCCAUGGCUAAAAAAACAAACAGACAAAUAAUGAGUACAAAAGACACAACAUAGAAACUAAAGACUACGUAACACGAACCCCAACAAAAAAGGGGUGAUCUAAGGAAUUCCGGAAGGGUAAGCAGAUCCUUCUCAACAGGUGGCACACGUCGUGUUACAAUAUUUCCGUGUAAAUAGUAUAUAUACGUUUUUACUGUUAUUAUUGAUUGGUCAAAACUCUGUGUCCAUGUAUGUCCUAGCGUGCUCAUGUUGGUAGCUAAGCAGUAAACUAUGUACAUUAUCAAAACCACCUACAAAUAUAUUUCAUUCGGUAUUUUAUACGAGUUUAUAAGCUUUUAAAUUACUAUAUUAGAAAUUAUCUUCGACAAAUGUGUAUGUCUAUUAAUAGAUUGUGAUGUUGUAGUACUAUGUUUAUAGUUUAUUUGUCUUUUAAUAUAUUAUGCCUAUUUUAUAGAUUGUGUUGUUGUAGAAUGUUUAUAAUUUGUUUUGAUAUGUUUGUCAUUUUUUAUUGUAAGUUUGUUUGUUAGUUUUGUUACGAAUUCAUUCCAGCGACUAUGAUUGUUAGGUAAUUUUAGCGGUAAAAGGGCGAUAAUUGUAGCGAUUUUAAUAAAUGUUCCACCCUUUG